GUCACUGACGUCAUUAUCAAUAAUAUUUUAUGUUUUUUAUUAUUUUCUCUUAUUCUUUCACCUAAAUACCUCAAAUUCAACACACAACUAAAAAUAUUAAUGAUUAAAGAUGUACAUUGACAAACGUAAAUGUGGUAGAUGAUUUAUUUUGGGACAGUAGUAAAAAAGAGCGUUUGAUGCACUUUCGACUAUGUUUCCUUAAGUCAACAAUGAUUAGAAUUUGAACAAAGUCAAUCUUAUCUAACUUGAUAGUAGUUUACAACACACGCCGGCUAAACUUCUGAGGUUAACCAAAUCAACCAUCUAUAAAUUGAAAUUUACUUUUUCAGAAAAUUCAGACAAAUUUUUGGUGAAAUUCUCUCAUCACUCUCCAAUACUCUCCAGUCCAGAAUGUAACCAUCCACUUGCAGGUCAAAUUGGUGUGUCUCAACUCUCUUAUCUCUUUAUCCAAUCCUCUCUCUCUGACUUUUAUCAAACACACAAUGAACCAAAAACAACCCUUCUUCUUUCUCUUCUCUUCUCCCCUGAUUUAUUCAUACAUCACCCUUUUCUAUUUUCUUACCAGAACCACUCUAUGCUAUUGCUAUGUAUAUCCAAAUUUUACAGCUUGUGAACCCAAAACAUGUGGCAACCAAACAAUAAGAUACCCUUUCUACAUCAAAGGAACACAAGAACCCUUUUGUGGUUACCCUGGUUUUGGUCUCUCUUGUAACAAUACUAUUGGUCUCCCAUUCCUCAAUCUUUCUAAUACCUUUUACCCAAUCCACCAAAUUUUCUAUCAAAGUCAAUCAUUAAGAGUGUCCAACAAUGCUGUGACAUAUAGUUCAGACACCAACAAAGGUUGUCUUUCACCUAACAAGAACCUUACUAUUCCAAAGGACAUCUUCUAUCUUGCUCCCAAUCAAAGUGAAGUGAGAUUGUUCUACGGAUGCGACUCAACAAAGCUACCCAGAACGCUGCAAAGGAACACAAUUGGUUGCUCUGCAGAAAAUGAAACGAGUUCGGUUGUGGCAUUAUAUGAGAAUGAUAAAAAUGCAAGCUUUGUGUCAAAGAAUUGCAGGGGUGAGGUGGUGAAUGCGACAGUGGAAAAUUAUGUGAAAGGAGGGAUUGAAGAGUCGCUGAGAAAUGGGUUUUGGUUGAAUUGGGUGGCUAGUGAUUGUACUGAGUGCUACAACAGUGGAGGGAGGUGUGGUUUUAAUUCACAUAUAUAUAGUUUCAGAUGUUACUGUACUGAUAGAGUUCAUGCUGCAAAAUGUGAUCCAGUCGUGAAGUCCCGAUCGGUGCAUGUGACAAUAGUGGCCUCAGUGGUUGGAGUUGCAUUUGCCUUGCUGAUUGUCUUAGUUUGUUGGUUUAGGAAAAAGAUCUUCCCUCCCACAUUUCUUAUAUUCAGGGAGGAGAAUCCAACCCAUCAAAUUAUUGAGAAGUUUUUGAAGGAGCAUGGACCUCUUCCAGCUACUAGGUACAGUUAUUCAGAUAUCAAGAAAAUAACAAAUUCUUUCAAACACAAACUAGGCCAGGGAGGGUAUGGAAGUGUAUACAAAGGAAAGUUACCCGAUGAACGCAUGGUUGCAGUGAAGAUUUUAAGUGAAUCAAAAGGUGAUGGUGAAGAUUUCAUAAAUGAAGUUGCGAGUAUCAGUAGAACUUCGCAUGUCAACAUUGUUAGACUUUUGGGGUUUUGUUUGGAUGGUUCUAAAAAGGCACUGAUAUACGAAUUCAUGCCUAAUGGAUCACUCGAGAAGUUCAUAUAUGAAGAGAAAGAUCCAUUAAAGAAUAAUCGCCAAUUGGAUUGCAAAACAUUAUAUGAUAUUACAGUUGGCGUUGCUCAAGGGUUAGAGUACUUGCACAAAGGUUGCAACACUAGAAUCUUACAUUUUGACAUAAAACCCCAUAAUAUAUUACUAGAUGAUGAUUUUUGUCCCAAAAUUUCAGACUUUGGACUUGCUAAAAUAUGUCCAAGAAAAGAAAGCAUUGUAUCCAUAUUUGGCAUGAGGGGAACACCAGGAUAUAUUGCUCCAGAAUUGUUCUCCAGAAAUUUUGGUGGGGUGUCACAUAAAUCAGAUGUUUAUAGUUAUGGAAUGAUGGUUUUAGAAAUGGUUGGUCAAAAAAAGAAUAUCAAAGUUGAAGUUGAUUGUUCUAGCGAGUUAUAUUUUCCACACUGGAUUUACAAGCAUCUUGAAUUGAAUCAGGAUCUUGGACUCAAGUGUAUUAAAAAUGAAAUUGAUGAAGAAAUGGUAAGAAAAAUGACAGUGGUGAGUUUAUGGUGCAUACAAACUGACCCUACGCAUCGACCAGCAAUGCAUAAAGUGGUGGAAAUGCUGGAAGGGAGUCUUCGAGUGCUGGAAAUACCACCCAAGCCCUUUCUGUCUUCUCCUUUAACAUCUUCAAUCCAUUUAUCAUCUGAAACAUCUUCAAUCCAUUUAUUAUCUGAAAUAUUGUAAUUUAUGUGGAUAUUAUGAUGCAAUGCAAGACUAUGUAACACUAGAAAAGAAUGUCAAGAUAAUCACAUAUAAAUAAAAUGUUAUGUAACUAAUAGAAUUGUAAUGUUGUAUCUUUUCUUAGGAUUUGAAAUUGAAUUCCAUCCUAACUAUUUUUAGCUUCUGAAAUUGAAA